AUCAUAAAAACCUAAGAAGUUUCUAAGAAAAUGGCGAAGAUCGUCUCUCUUCUGGUCGCAGUUAUCUACUACACUAUGUUCUUCAUGAAGAUCAGUUCGGUUUCUGCAGGGUGGUUACGAGCUCAUGCGACCUUCUAUGGUGGAAGUGAUGCUUCUGGUACAAUGGGUGGAGCUUGUGGUUAUGGAAACCUAUACACGGAUGGUUACAAGACAAACACUGCGGCAUUGAGCACGGCACUGUUCAAUGACGGCAAGUCAUGUGGUGGAUGUUACCAGAUCGUCUGCGACGCGUCCAAAGUGCCACAAUGGUGUCUUAAAGGCAGAUCAAUCACAAUCACUGCCACAAACUUUUGUCCACCAAACUUUGCUCAAGCAAGCGACAAUGGAGGAUGGUGCAACCCACCAAGACCUCACUUCGACAUGGCUCAGCCUGCCUUUCUCACCAUCGCUAAAUACAAAGCUGGAAUCGUCCCAAUCCUCUACAAAAGGGUUGGAUGCAGAAGAAGUGGAGGGAUGAGAUUUACAAUGAACGGUAGGAACUAUUUCGAGCUGGUUCUCAUCUCAAACGUAGGAGGAGCUGGUGAGAUCUCUAAAGUCUGGAUCAAAGGCUCUAGAAGCAAGAAAUGGGAGACUAUGUCCAGAAAUUGGGGAGCUAACUGGCAGAGCAACACUUACCUUAAUGGACAAUCUCUCUCUUUCAAAGUUCAACUCAGCAAUGGAAGAAUCAAAGCAGCUCUCAACGUUGUUCCUUCGAAUUGGCGGUUUGGUCAGAGCUUCAAGAGCAACAGGGCCGUCUUUUUGCAUGAGCAAGUGGAGCGACCGAACAGGGCCCAAAAUUUUAGAGGGUCCAUAAAAUAUAUUUUUUUAGUAAUAGUUAGCAAUAUAAAAUAAUAUAUUUGUAAAAAACAUUCAGAUAUCUAUAUUAAAUUUAAUUUCGUAUUUACUAACCAAA